UGCCACCGGAACCAGAGCAAGGAGAGCGCUCUGCGCCCGCUGGGAGACACACACACAGACCCCGCCCCUCCACACACAAACACACACACUCACACAAAAAGGCCUUUUUCGGUUUCAAUCUGGCACACCUGGGCGGCGGGAGUCAAUUCGCUUCAACACGGACACAGGCACACUUGUUCACGCUCCGCGCCCCAACCUGCUGUUCAAUAAUAAAUGAGGCCGGGGCAAAAGCACACUCACACACAAAGAAAGCGAAACAACAGCAACAAAAAAGAGGUUUGUUGCAGGAAUGCGUACUUGGGAACGAUUCGACAGCAAACAAACACAACUACGGUUAAUUAAGAUGCGGGAAAUCACUCACAUCCAGGUCGGGCAGUGCGGCAACCAGAUCGGUUGCAAGUUCUGGGAAGUGAUAUCCGACGAGCACGGCGUGGACCCCUCGGGCCGGUACUGCGGGGAGUCCCCCCUGCAGCUGGAGCGCAUCAACGUCUACUACAACGAGGGCCGCGGCUCCAAGUACGUGCCGCGCGCCGUGCUGGUGGACCUGGAGUCCAGCACCAUGGACACGUGCCGCUCCGGGCCGUACGGGCAGCUCUUCCGGCCGGACAGCUUCGUGUUCGGCUCCACGAGCGCGGGCAACAACUGGGCCAAGGGCCACUACACCGAGGGCGCCGAGCUCAUGGACGCCGUGCUGGACGUGGUGCGUCGCGAGGCCGAGGCCUGCGACCUGCUGCAGGGUUUCCAGAUGACGCACUCGCUCGGCGGCGGCACGGGCUCCGGCAUGGGCACGCUGCUGCUGGCCAAGAUCCGGGAGGAGUACCCGGACCGGAUCCUCAACACCUUCAGCAUCGUGCCGUCGCCGAAGGUGUCGGACACGGUGGUGGAGCCGUACAACUCGGUGCUGUCGGUGCACCAGCUCGUCGAGAACACGGACGAGACCUUCUGCAUCGACAACGAGGCGCUGUACGACAUCUGCCACCGCACGCUCAAGCUGGGCUGCCCGUCGUACGCCGACCUGAACCACCUCAUCUCCGCGGCCAUGUCGGGGGUCACCACCUGCCUGCGCUUCCCCGGGCAGCUGAACGCCGACCUGCGCAAGCUGGCCGUCAACAUGGUGCCCUUCCCGAGGCUGCACUUCUUCAUGCCGGGCUUCGUGCCGCUCACGGCCCGCGGCAGCCAGCAGUACCGGAACGUCACCGUGCCCGAGCUCACGCAGCAGAUGUUCGACAGCAAGAACAUGAUGGCCGCCUGCGACCCCCGCCACGGCCGCUACCUCACCGUCGCCGCAGUCUUCAGGGGCAGGAUGUCCAUGAAGGAGGUGGACCAGCAGAUGCUGAACGUGCAGAACAGGAACAGCCCGUACUUCGUGGAGUGGAUCCCCAACAACGUGAAGACCGCCGUGUGCGACAUCCCGCCGCGCGGCGUGCGCAUGUCCGCCACCUUCAUCGGCAACACCACCGCCAUCCAGGAGAUCUUCAAGCGCAUCGGCGAGCAGUUCUCCGCCAUGUUCCGGCGCAAGGCCUUCCUGCACUGGUACAUCGGGGAGGGCAUGGACGAGGCCGAGUUCAUCGAGGCGGAGAGCAACAUGGGGGACCUGAUCGCCGAGUACCAGCAGUACCAGGAGGCCGUGCCCGACGACGAGGACCUGGACGUCGGCGGCAAGGAAUAG